GAGUAUUAAUCGGGACUAGCUCUUUGGGAAAUCACUCGUGAUAAACUUGUAUGUUUCCCUCCCCCAUCACGAUUAACACAGUACGACAGGGAUACAAACUAGUCAGGGUCAUCGGAAUAGGGGUCCUACCACCGGUAACAACGAUUUUCCACCCUCGAAGUCGAGGAACCGAUUUCCUUUUGCGACUUUUACGGAGCUACGAGAUACAACAAACAUUUGCCCCGGAUUUCUCCAAUUCCUUGUUUAAAAUUUAGUAUCAUUUUCUCCUCUUCCUAUAUUCUUCUGAAUUCUCACUCUUUCAUUUCUGAAAUUCAUUCCUACUUCUUUCGGAAUUCCAAAUUCUUGCUAAUAAUCAUGCAUCAACCCUAAAUUUUAACCUUCAAAUCCUAAAAAUUGUUCUUGAAUCAAUGGAGAUUGUGACUGGUGAUCGUUACCUUGAAUCCCUAGUCAAAUUCGUGGCAAAAUAUGCAGGCGGAUUAAUCGAUGGAACCCUAAUUUUGAAGCUGAAUCCAGUAGGUCUUCACUAUGUUCAAUCCAGAUUGGAAGCACUUAGCGAACUUGAGGGAUUGAUUGCUGGAGCUCCCGUCGAUUAUCUUAGCGCUUACGUAUCCGAUCUCGGUGAUCACCGGGCUCUGGAGCAGCUCCGUAAGAUUUUGUGUCGUCUUUCGUCGUUGAAGAUUGUUUCUGUAUUGCCUCCUCCUUCCAGGGAUCCGACGCCUUUGUCGCUGCUUGCUUUUGGAAGAUUGAAGGUUUUGGAGCUCCGUGGUUGUGAUCUUUCUACUUCUGCUGCUAAAGGCUUGCUUGAGUUGAGACAUACUUUGGAGAAACUUAUUUGUCAUAAUUCUACUGAUGCAUUAUGUCAUGUAUUUGCAAGUAGAAUUGCUGACAUUAAAGAAUCACCCCAAUGGAUUCGGUUAUCUUUUGUAUCUUGUGCAUGUAAUGGUUUGAUUCUUAUGGAUGAAUCACUGCAACUUCUUCCAGCUGUUGAAACUAUUGAUCUUAGCCGAAACAAGUUUGCCAAAAUUGAUAAUUUACGAAAGUGCACAAGAUUAACGCACCUGGAUCUGGGAUUUAAUCAACUUCGAUCAGUCGCAUCUUUUAGUGAGGUUACAUGCCAUAUAUUAAAACUUGUUUUAAGGAGCAAUGCAUUGACUACUUUGCGAGGGAUCGAGAAUUUGAAAUCUUUAGAAGGACUUGAUGUCUCGUACAACAUUAUCUCUAAUUAUGUGGAGCUAGAGGUCCUUUCAGGCCUUCCUUCUUUAAAAAAUAUUUGGCUGGAAGGGAAUCCUCUCUGUUGUGCUCGAUGGUAUCGGCCACAAGUUUUCAGCCAUUUCCUUCGUCCUGAACAAGUGAAAUUAGACGACAAAGAAAUGAGCACGAGAGAGUUUUUGAAGAGGCAUAUAAUAAUUGCUAGGAGGCACAGAAGGCCUGCAAGUUAUGGAUUUUACUUUCCUGCAAGGGAAGACAAUGAAGUGGAAAGGUUCAUAGAUGGAAAAAGGAAGAAGCUCUCUCGCCUUGCAUGCAUAGAAAAUGAAGAGCUUGGGAUGAACAUGCUCUCUGAGCAAGAUUCAGUGUCCUGUGAUAAUGAUAUGCACGGUGGAGAGGAGGAUGUUUCGGAUAAAGAAGGUGAACUAAGUAGUUUGAUUAACAGAAUUGAGUUUAUGAAAAAAGAACGUUCUAGGUUAUGGUUGGAGGAAUUCAAGGAUUGGAUGGAUCAGGAAUCUGAGAAUUGGGUUGAUGAAAUAAAGAGUAGCCAUGCCGCACUGGCUUUUGUUAACAGCAAUUCAAGAGAGACAUCUAGCUGGAGGCACAUUGGAGAAAGUUCAAGGUACAUGGAAUAUGUAUCAGACACAAUCAUAAAUUCAGAAGAUGAUAGGAGUACAAAUGCUGAGAAAACUAAUAGCUCCUUUGGUAGUUCUUCAGCUGGCAAUCAUGGCUAUCAAUGGCUUCAUUCUGCUGCUGAAUAUGUGGAAACAAUGCCUCGAGCAAAUACACGGGCUUUAGAUGAAGAUCUUCUGAAGUUCUAUUUGCCUAAGGGGAAAAAUUAUCUACAAAGAGCAGAUGUCAACUCUGUUACACCUGGUUUCAGUGUACAUGGCGAAGAGUUAAAUGCUAGUGUUAAUGGUACACCGUUGACUGCCAUCAAAAGUAUUAAGGAGUUAACGCCAUUCUCUGGAACCCCAGUAUCACCUCCACACUAUGAGGAGGAUAUUCUUUAUCGCCGUCAGUACUUGGAGGAAGAGUUUUUACAGGUGUCUGCUGAGUCCUUAUCUGCUGCUUCCUCUGACAGUAAUACCAGCUGUGAUGACGAGGAUGGACUUGAAAGUGGGCUACCAUACCCUGAAAGUGACCAAUAUACUGGCGAAGAGGGUUUGACUCGAGAUAUUGAUUGGAAGUUUGCUCCUGAGGUAGGAACAGGAUGGGGCUCACUUGAUCUUCAUACGCAGCAAUCCACUGGUAAACUUGGUGUACUUGAUAGUUCUAUAGAGUUCUUCUGUGGUGAUGCACCUCUUCUUGGAAACAAUGAUGAAGAGGCUAUCACUUCCAAUAAGCAAGUUAAUGAUUGUUAUGAAAAGAAAAUCUCUAAAAGGAAACCAAAAAAAAGAGUUGUUUCACUGUCGGAUAGCAUAAGUCCCUGCAAAGCUGAUCUUAAAGAUGUGCAAGAGAACCAAACUAUGAAUGAUAUAUAUUGCAUUGGAAGAGCUAAUGGAAAGGUGAACUCGGCACCUGCACAUGAUGACGGUGGUGGAGUCUUAGCUUACUCAAAGCAUGGAGUUUCAAAAACUGGUGACCAUAUUGAAAAUUACUUCAAUUCACUUGUUGCAGAUACUGCCAUUCACGAGAUUUGCAAGCAGUACAUUGUCUGUAAUGGGGUAGUUGGGAGGAAUCCCAUGUGGAACGAAAGACAGGUAGCUGUUGUCCUAAGCAGUGAAUGGAAGUUGUAUGUGAUUCUUCUUGAUGGCAUGCAUGAUGGGUCAGGUAAUAACUUGAGUCUAUUGACUUCACACAAGGUUGAAGACGUGAGAGAGGUUUCGAUUGGGUUGGGUCUUCUGGCUCUCUGGAUUUUUAUUGAUGAGGAUACUGCGUAUCUGUUGAUUACAAGAUGCAAGGAAAAAACUAGGCAUUUACUUUUCAUGAUAGGAUUAAUUGCACCAGGAGAAAUAAAUAGAUGUUCUGUCAAGAGUUUGGAUGAGGUUCAGAUGAACUUGUUUGAUAGGCAAAUAUGUGGAAACUUGGGAAGCGGCAUUUACCAAUAUUGUAUGGUGCUUUUUUGGCACAAAGAAGCAGAGUGGGUAUCCAGAUCACUUUUUGUGAGUGGGGGACAUCUGGUUGUAUGCAUUGAGGAUAUCUCGAACUUCAGCUCACUUUCAGCACAUGCAGAUGCCACCUCUUAUUUUUUGCUUGAUAGUUGCUGUUCCAUUGCUAAUGUCUCUGAGAUGGUCAUUGAAGCCAAAGAGAGCCUGACUGUGAUGUUGACUCUUAGAGAAAACUCCCCAAUAUCCUGUCUUUCACCUAUACUUGACAUGAUGAAACCGAGAGUUGGAUUUAAGAAUGGAAGUAUAAUUCCAGGAGCCAAGACAUGGAGGUUGAAGUGGUUUUCUGCAGAAAGUUUAUGCAAGUUUGUCACAUUGCUAAAGGCAAUUCACAGAGGAAUGACAUCAUCAAGUCUGGCCAUAACCUACAUUUCAUAGUUUAUGCAUAAAGUUUUCCCUCAUCAUUAAUUCAGUGUCUCGCUAGGACUUCUUGUUUUUAUGUGAAAAAGCGAGUUAUUUCCGACGCUGGCUACUUUUUUUAUUUUAUUCUUUUUUGUGGUAAGGAGAAGGGUCAGUAGCCAGCUACAAAAGAGUAGAGGGAGAAGGUAAGGGAAUUCCCUAUUCGCUAGCAAAUGUGGGUGAUGGGGCUCGAACUUGUGAUUUCAAAGUCACAAGGUGAGUUCCCCACCACCUCUACCAAGCAUGCUUGGUUCAAAGUCACAAGGUGAGUUCCCCACCACCUCCACCAAACAUGCUUGGUUCAAAGUCACAAGGUGAGUUCCCCACCACCUCCACCAAGCAUGCUUGGUUCAAAGUCACAAGGUGAGUUUUCCACCACCUCCACCAAGCAUGCUUGGUUCUGAGGUUGGCUGUUUGUCCCGAGACAUAUUGCUUUCAAAGGGGAAUAAGAGAAUAAAUGUAUACUUCCCGCCAGUGUACGGAUGAAUAGGUAAGAGCUUCUUUAAGACCUGUAAAGUCACUCUGUAGGAGUACGGAUAAUAGAUAGAUCUAUCCUUAGUAUACUCAUCUCCUUUUUUCUUUA